AUGCUCUACCACCUGAGCUAUGACUGGACCAAGUACAUGCGUUUUGUUCGACGAGCGUGUCGUGCACCAACACCGGUUCAAGGCGACGUCUGGCUUCGACUCAUCCUUCACAUGCUUCCCGUCAACAGCCGGUUUGCCUACAAGCAACUCACCGACCCUGAAGCCAUUACAUGCGUUUAUGGAUGCGGUAAUGUCGAAACCGAGCAUCAUGCCUUCCACACGUGCAAUGAAGUCUUUCCGACAUGGCAAUUUCACGCGGUAAUGUCGAAACCGAGCAUCAUGCCUUCAACACGUGCAAUGAAGUCUUUCCGACAUGGCAAUUUCACGCAAGAGCCUGGCGUUGGUUUGGGCCCGACUUGCGCUGCAAACAAACCUGCGCUGUUCAAGCUAUGGACACUGCUCACAGCAUCAGUUCUGCACACGAUCUGGACACAGCACAACGCCAUCAAGUACGACGACAAGACACCCUGGCCACAACGCGUCUGGGAAGAAACAACUUUCAUCGGCUGGAUGGCGGCAGUACGGCGUUGGCUCCGACUUCAAGAUCCAACCGACGCACUUCGCAUCAACGUGCUUGCGCAACUGGCAAAACUCAAGCGUCAGCGCCCGUACAACACGCUCUGGCUCAAGUAUCCCAACUGCUUGAUCCUCGAAUUUUCAGCUCGCACUCCUUAG